AUGGGAACGGUGAGGAGCGCUCCCUGCGGAACCGGCUGCGGCGUUUCGCCGUCCCAUCCUCUGCUGGGACCGCGCGCUCCGUCUGCGGGGGGCUGCGGCUGCAGGGAUGGGUGUGCUAGGACGGGGAAUGGAAAGUGCAAGUUGGCUGUUUCGCCGUUAAAGGGUUAUCUCUCCUCACUCGGACAGGGUCUGCGUUCUGCACCGGAGGCUGCGAUGUAUCCCAGGAUUAAAAGCCUUGCACUUUACGCCUUUUCAGUCAUGCUGCUGGCAUGUCUUUUUUACAUCAGGAGAGAAGCAAAGCUGCCAACGUCACCAGCGGACCAGAAGGUGGAAGUAGCAAAUCCCAAAUCUUUGUUUCUGGGUAAUGCUGAACCCAGCAAGUGCUUGCCUGACUUGGCGAUUGCUAAUUCUUCUCUUGCCCUCCCAGAGCUUCACCGUGUCUUCCUGACUUACAGGCACUGCCGAAACUUCUCCGUCCUGCUGAAGCCUUCCAGGUGCAGCACGGAGACCUUCCUCCUGCUGGCCAUCAAGUCUGCCCCAGUCAAUAUAGAACAGCGGGCGGCAAUCAGGAACACGUGGGGCAAGGAGGUCUCCAUUGGUGGCAGGCGCAUUAGGCUGGUGUUCCUUCUGGGGCGCUCGGAGGCCAAAAACCAGAUGCAGUCGCUGCACCAGCUGCUGGCUUAUGAGAGCCAAGAGUUCGAUGACAUUUUGCAGUGGGAUUUUGUCGAUAACUUCUUCAAUUUGACCCUCAAGGAGCUGCAUUUCCUCCGCUGGUUCGUUGAGGAUUGUCUGAAUGCUAGGUUUGUGCUGAAGGGCGAUGAUGAUGUCUUUAUCAACACUUACAAUGUUGUUGAGUUUCUCCAGGAGCUGAACCCUGAACAAGAUCUCUUUGUUGGAGACGUGAUCAUCAAUGCUCGGCCCAUCAGGAACACAAAGGCCAAGUACUUCGUUCCUGAGUCUAUGUACGGAGCUUCCUUCUACCCGCUGUAUGCGGGUGGAGGCGGCUACGUGAUGUCCAGAACGACAGUGCAACGCCUCCGGAGCACCGCAGAGGGCAUGGAGCUCUUCCCGAUAGAUGACGUCUUUGUGGGCAUGUGUCUGGCAAAGAUGGCAGUGGCCCCAAAGAACCACGCUGGCUUUAAGACUUUUGGGAUCCAGAGACCUUUCAAUCCUUUCGAUCCGUGCUUGUACAAGGAACUGAUGGUUGUGCACAGACUAAACCCAACCCAGAUGUGGAUCAUGUGGACGCUGGUGAAGGAUGACAGCAUUAGGUGUGCAGUGUCAGUAACACACACCUACCGAAGGGGCUGGAAGUGA